AAUGUUGUAUAUUCAGACCUCUGGUGAGAACAUGUCCUAUAGCUGUCAUUCACAGAAUAAUUUCAACCUGGACGAUGACCACCACGCAGUCAUCCAACAAUAUAGAAAUCAGAAUAGUGGGGCUUACUUAUUUCAACCUGUUCAGAACACAGAUUACCAGAAGAGAGAAACAAUAGGCUGUCACACAGUCCUGGACAAAGAGAGGAGGCAUAUUGUGCGCUUUUACAGUAGAGCUGCAUUGAGCAGGUGAUACUGGAACUAUCCUGAGGGGUGUACUGUAGGUGUGGUGGAUAGAUUAUGCUUUACAUAGAGAGAGACGGAGAGCACCGAGCUAGUCUGUUCCAGACUGGCAAAAACCCUAGAGAUGCAGAGAGAGGGGUGGUGGGGUGCAGAACACACCCAGAGCCAGUGAACAGAAUGUUUCACAACCAGGGGUGACUGGUGUGUCUGUGUUCCAGAGUGUAGAAGAAUAGAAUAGAGAAAGAUCAGGAGCUGAGAGAACACCCCCUGGUGUUGGUAGUGUUGAUGUCACUAUAGGAGGAGCUCUCUGUCCACUCACACCCAGUCCAACCCUGGUCUUCUCCUCUUCCUUUCCUCCUCAACUCCUUUGGGAUUGACCUGACCCCUAUUCCUCUCAUCUCCCAUUUCUAUAAUUUCUUCCUCUUGUCCUCCGUGUGGAGCAGUGCCACAGAACCAUGCACCCCCAGCGUCCUCUCCCCCAGGCCAUGCCCUCCUCCCUCGGGCAGAACCUGCGUGACAUGGCCAUGGGCCUAGGCAGAGGGAAGAACUUCCUUGGUGGGAACAUUGCCUAUGGCUUCAUCCAGUCCCUCAAGGAGUGCUUCUACUUCGUACUCUGCUGCUGGUGCAUCAAGGAGAUACUGGACUGACUGACUGAGACACUACGAGAGGGAGAGAGGGGCACGAGGCUAAGAUGUUAAACACAGCGUGUGAAGCGGUUGCCCAUGAUGCAGUUCUGUAUUCCUGUCUGGAGACUUGAGAAACUGAUGUGCUGCCUGGUGUAUCAGAGGAUCUCUGUUAUUCUCUGAUCCUGAGUCAGUCGGUCUGGAGACCUGCAGUGUGUGUGUGAAGUAUCGUCUUAACACCAAUCAGCUGAUCCUAGACCUGUGGAGAAACCAAACCUGUGAGGCAAUGGACAUGGCUUUUGAUGCUGCUUAGGUCACAUUUAAUUCCAAGUUUUAUUAAUUUCUGUACAGUCUUAAUAUGCAAGGAAUAAAAAUGAAUGUAAUAUCUGA